GUGAUUUAUACUUUUGCUAUUGUUUAGUGGCAUUAUGCUUGAUUUGUUACUAUUUGUAGCACUGCUGGUUCAAAGUGCUCUAACUCAACAUCUGCCACCUAUUGGCUGGGGUUCUCAUUCGGAAGGGCAACAGCCUCUUCAACAACAACCAGACCCAUCGUAUCGACCUAUUGUACUAUGGCAUGGCAUGGGUGAUUCGUGUUGUGAUCCAGAUAGUCUGGAAAGGCUGACUGAAAUGAUUCAGAGAUGGUUGCCAGGUGUAUUUAUUUACUCAGUCCAGCUGGGCGACUCCCUUGAGCAAGACCGACAAGCAUCCUUUUUUGGGCUUGUGAGUUCGCAAAUUCAAGAAGCUUGUGACAAUAUAUCUGGUGUUCCUGAGCUUGCAAAUGGAUUCAAUGCAAUUGGCUUCUCACAAGGUGGACUGUUUUUAAGAGCAGUGGUGCAGCAAUGCCUAUCCAGUCCACCUAUCCACACACUCCUCACUUUUGGAUCACCACAUGGUGGAGUAUCAGAUAUUCCGAAUUGUGCUGAUAGAUCUGAUACAAGUUGCUCUAUAAUGCGCUCCAUCGUUCGCACAGGCGUAUAUUGGCCAUGGGUUCAAAAAAAAGUUGUUCAGGCUCAGUACUUUAAGCGGUACACUGAUAUGGAGCAAUACCUCUCAAAAAGUGCUUUUCUUGCCGACAUCAACAAUGAUCGAGACGAUUCAAUCAAUACCGAGUAUGCCAAGCGACUCAGAUCUCUUGAUAAGUUUAUCAUGGUUCGAUUUGAAAACGACACAAUGAUUGCACCAAAAGAUACUGCGUGGUUUUCUUUUUACAAUGCUCAAGGUGAAUUACAGGAUUUGAAAGAGCAGUUGCUAUAUAAAGAAGAUCGUCUUGGUUUAAAAUCACUAGAUAAGUCAAACAGUCUAGUAUUCUCCAGCUUACCUGGCAAUCAUCUUAAAUUUUCAGAUGAUCAAUUUGAGGGUUAUAUUAGAGAUUACUUUAGUCAAAAAGUUUAA